AUGCCAAUCAAAUCACUCGAAUCCUUUCUCUUUGAAAGAAAGUUGACUUAUACCAGCUCCCUCGAUAUAUUGUCCAAUUCUGUACUUGGUAUCGAUGCCGAAUACUAUCUCAGUCGUAUCUACACUUUCAAGAAGGAACAAUUUCUAGCAGCAAUUGGAGGAGUGCCCAGCUCAUUAGCAGAUUACAUCUACACUGAUUUACAAGUUUUUCAAGAAUUCAACAUUAAGCCCUUGUUUGUCAUUUCGGGAUUACCUAUUCAAUCACAAAUUGUCACUUAUAGACAGAAUGAAUUGUCACCGCAGGAACAACAUGUGGAUUACAUUUGGAAUAAGUUAAACUCCCCAGCGCAUACGCAGUACCUGUAUGAAAAUUUCCGAUUGUAUUCAGAAAAUUUACCCUUGGAGCCCAUGAUUAAUGAUUUGAUCAAAAUUUUUAUUGAAUUGGGGAUUGAUUACUUGGUUACCCCUUAUAAUGCUUCGUUUCAAUUAUCCUACUUGUAUCAAGAAAAUCUUGUUGAUGCAAUAUAUGGAUCUACUGAUUUAUUACUCACCAAGAUUGACAAGUUUAUCUUGGCAAUGGAGUUCCCAACUAGAGAAUUUAGAUUUGUUGACAAGUUUAGAAUGUUGCAAGAAUUUGGAUUAAAUGAGCGUCAAUUUCAAGAUUUGAGUUUGAUGGUUGGGUGUACAUUCCAACCUAAUACAUUCCCCAUUUUCCCACCAACCCCUAAACCAGUGCCCAAUUAUCCACAAUUGAACAAUUUCAAAAUUGGAUUGGAUAUUGUGUAUCAGUAUAUGCAAUUUAGUGGCAAUAACUCAAACUUGUACGGGUAUAUCUUGAGUCUCAAUGAUCCAAAAUUAACUGAUUUGUACAUGAAGGGACAAACGGCAAUCAAGUAUGUGCCAAUCAUUAAUAAACAAGGUUAUACAGAAUUGUACAAUGUUGAAAUGGCCAAAUUCAAUUUGGAACGAGAUGCCGAUUUCAUCAUUGAGGAUGAUCUUGCCUCCGCGUCAACGUCAUCUGCGGGAACUCCAAACGAAAGUAACAACAACAACAACAAGCCAACUACUCCCUCGACUACAAAGAUAGUUGCUAAAAUACCGGCCAACUUGCAUGACAUUAUAUCACAAAGAUUGCCCCCAGAGUUUUAUUUUUACCAAUCGAUUGGAUUGAUGCCUCUUAAAUUGUUAAACUCAGUCACGGGUGGUCAAUUUGUUGUUCGGCCACCUUUGGAGUUAGGGAACAGUGCUAGUUUUAAAAAAUUACUCACUUCGAAAUUUUAUCUUGAUAACCUUGAUCAGCAAUAUAAUUUGAUAACUCAAUUGUUGGCAAGAUACUACCAAGUUAAGAAGAUCAAGGUUAAGUUUUGGUUUAGAGAUGAGAUCGAGUUGAAUAGUAGAAUGAUGCCUACUGUUAGUAAGCGUAUUGGCCACUUGUUUAUUAACAAAAAGCUCGAGACAUUUGAUUUGAGGACAUUCUUUGCACAAUCAUUGACUGGUGAGUACAAUAUGAAGGAAGAGCUCAAGUUUAAGGGUGAUUUGGUAUCAACUGUGGUUUUAAGAACAUUAUUUUUGUAUGGAAUUGUUGAUGAAAAGAGUCAAUUGAGUUCAAUUGGUCAAAUACUUGAAAUUUUCACUCGUGAGACGGCGAAAAUCAAGAAAGAGGAAUUGGAACAUCUUGUAAUUAUUUUGUUACUUUUGAAAUCACAAACUUUGAAACUCAAUGAGGUUAACAAGGAGUUUCCUGGGGUGGCAAACCAAUAUAAAGUUGUGAAUUCAACUUAUGAAUUAAACGCAAGUGAAGUCACUACAAUCAAUCUCAUUUCAAGGGUAAUGUCAUUAAAGAAGUUCAAUUCAUCUCCCAUCAACUACCAAGGUCCAGUUUCGAGAAACUUGUUAAAUUUCAGAUCGCAUGUCGAAUUCAUCAAUACAACAUUACUACAUACAAUUGAAUGUGUCUUGACUGAUUUGGUGGUUAGACAAGAACAAAACAAUAUCAAACUGGCCUAUGAAAAUAAAGACCAAUGGUUGCAAUUGAUUAAUCAAUUGCCAUUUUUCAAAAAUGUAAAUAAUACAUUGAUGGGAAUUGUAGCUGAGAUUUAUUUUGAAGUGGCAUUGAAGCAUCAAAAGACUGCAUCAACUACUACAAAUGAAGCCGCUACAUUUGCAACUAAUUACAUUGCUGACCACAUAUUCCAGGUUGCAAAUCCAUCGUACAAUAUCAAUGUUUAUGGCGUUAAUUCAACCACUGCUGAUCAAAUGAAGACUGAUUUGAAAGAUGCUGUAGCUUGGUGGAAAACAUUUGUUGGGUUUAUUAAAGUUGUUAAUGCCGUUGAUAAAUCGUUGUGUGAUGAUUCUUUGUUGAAGGGUAUCAAUGAUGCUGAUGAAUUUGUCAAUCAAUUCUCAUUGCCUUGA